GCGACCUUGUUUACCCCACUCAGCUUGCAUCGUGAUUUGAAAACCUGCCCCCCGGUUGCUGGUUGCUGGUCCAAGACAAAGGCUCCAGACGAGGCUUUCUUUAGCGGUAAGGCUUUAAGACUUACGACCUCUCCCAGCUCGCCCCGACCGUCUACGGCAACGGACGAGACCAAGUCAGCAGACGACAAUCAUCUCAUCUCUCUUUCAUGACGAUGAGCAGCGAAAGCUCAUUAUCCUCCCCUAUCUCUUUUAACUCUGAUGACUUCUGGGAAGCUGGCUCCGUUGUCCAUAGCCGCCAUGAGACACGACGCCAAGGGGAAUCUCCUCCACCGCCAUGCUCGUUGAGGGUCCAAAUGCCGGUGUCAAAGAUCCCAACAACCAGGAGUACGAGUCAAAAACAACGGAAGGGGCAUAAGAAACAGGUCGUGACUGCUAGCCAGAAGUCCGUUGCAGAACAGAAAACAAAGCGCGGUGAACCGCCAUCCUCGGCCCAACCCACCAUCGAGAUUUCCAUUCCUCCCGAGGUACCUUUACCGUCCACCGGACCACUUUUAGCCUCUUCACUUUGGCUAAAAUUUCUGCUGCCCAGACUACUAAAUUCUCAACCCCAGCGGGUGCCAAGCUCACGAACAUAAACCGCGC